AUGGCCAAGGUCAACCCUCAGCAGAUUCCUGCUAAUAUUGCGAACUCCUAUCAGGAUAAAUGGGAACAAUGGCCUGUUAGUGGUGGUAAACAAUCACACUCUACAAAGCUCUAUGAUUAUCCCUUAUCUUCUUCAUUUGUAAAACUUUCUGCAUUUCAGCAAACUCAAGGAGAGGUUUGUUACACACAAGAUACCGAAAUUCCUUCUACUGGCCUUUACGGGACUUUAUUGAUUGCAUCUAAGGUAGCCUGUAAUUUUUACUACAUUAAUCCAGAAAAUAAAGAACGUAUUGAACGCCAAGAUCUUAUCAAUAUUCUAUCGACGAAAUUUAGUCAAUUUAAAACGAUCAUUACAGCUGCCGACCGGCCAGGUAACGGUUGUAAUGAAACACCUUUUGCAUAUGAAGCACCACUUAUUGCUGAAGACAAGAUAUUAUACGUUGGUCAGCCUUUAGGACUAGUUUUAGCUACGACCCAAGAAUCUGCAGAACAAAUUUCUACCUAUAUUGACAAACAUUGUCUCCAGUAUGUUGAUAUUGACAGUGUAUUGCCAGUUCUUGAUAUUUAUGAAGCAAUUAAGACAAAUACUAUUUUGCCAGAUAAUCCUUAUUCUAAUGAGUCGAUUAGCCAUAUCUGGAAAGUUAUUAGACCAUCAUCUCAAAUGGAUUGGGCAAAUGAAAAAAAAGCUGAUUCUCUUAAAGCAGGAAACUUAACAUAUGACAAUAUAAAAGUUGAUCAUAAAGAUUGCAUAUCUAUUGAUCAUACACUUUACUUCCCUAAUCACGCCCAUUUCUACAUGGAAACGCAAUCCUGUGUUGCUAUUUGGGAUGUUCACAAACUAACACUAUAUGCUUCAACUCAAAGCCCUUUGCUUUGUCAACAAAUGGUCUCUCGGUUGUUGAAUAUUCCACAAAACCAGAUAGAAAUCAUAGUGAAACAGGUAGGAGGUGGUUAUGGUGGAAAGACACUACAAUCCGUAUUAGUAACUUGUAUAACUGCUUUAGCGAGCUACUGUUUAAAAACGUCUAUAAAGACAGUUCUUCCUAGAGAAAAAGAUAUGCAAGUUAUUGGUAAAAGUCAUCCGGUUUUAAGCAGAAUACAAUUAGCUAUGACUUCUUCUAAUUGUUCCAGAAAGACUAAAAAAGGCACGAUAUUAGGUGUUGAUAUGGAAUACUACGGAGAUGCUGGCGCGACCUAUGAUUGUUCUUUCGUUGUCUCAGACUGUAUGCUUUUGCGUGGAGAUACCAGUUAUUACGUUUCGAAUUAUCGCGCGACUUCAGAUAUGUACCGUACGAACACAGCGAGUAAUACUGCCUUUAGGGGCUUUGGUAUUAUUCAAGCUUUGUUGGGCUAUGAACUUGCUAUUGAUUUAGCAGCAGAAAAAUUGAAUCUAGACUCAGAGCAAGUUCGGAAACAAAACUUGUACAAAACAGGUCAACUCACACCUCAAGGACAAAAACUAGAGUAUGCUUAUAUAGAAGAAGUCUGGGAAUAUACCAAAGAAAAAAGUGACUAUGCAUCACGCUUACAACGAAUCCAGGCCUUCAAUCAAGAAAAUAAAUGGAAAAAAAGAGGGCUAUCAAUCAUUCCAGUCAAAUAUGGUUCUGGUUAUAAUUUGGCCCCUCUAGAGCAAGCAACAGCCUUAAUUUUAGUCUAUAAUCCUGACGGUACAAUUCUUAUUCGUCAUGGUGGUGUUGAUCUAGGGCAAGGUAUGUUGACAAAAGUAACACAAAUUGCUUCCGCUGUACUCAAUAUACCCAUCGAAAAUUUUCAAUCCGACUUUGUUAAUACCCAUGUAAUACCUAACCCUCCUAGCACAGGCGCAUCUACCUGUACUCAGUUUAAUGGGGAAGUUGUUAGGCAAGCCUGUGAACAUUUAAGAAAUAAGAUUCAACAAUUUGUCGAUGAUUUGAGGAAAAAAUAUGGAGAGGAAUGGAGUAAAAGACAAGGAAUAGAUUAUUGGAAUUACCCCAAUGGCUGGGCCCAUAUAAGCUUAACCAAUAACACUCUUAUUUGGCGCAAUAUUAUUGCUUUAGCGUGGAAUGCUAGAAUCAGCUUAACCAGUUUAGCCCAUGGUGCUUUCAAAGGCGGAGAAACAGAUAUUAAAAAUAUUAUUUUUAAACCAUAUCAGUCAGAAAUAUCGACGGCCCCUUACUUAAGUUCCAUUCCCAAUAAAAACACGCCUUCUGAGACUGUCGAUAACUUUAUAGGUUAUACAUAUAAUGCUGCUUGUACCGAAGUUGAAGUAGACAUACUAACAGGCGAAACAAAAAUAAUCCGAGCCGAUAUUGUUUAUGAUAUGGGCAGAAGUCUAAAUCCAUCUAUUGAUAUUGGCCAAGUCGAAGGAAGUUUUGUGCAAGAAGAUAAUAAGCAGAUACAAACACUCUUAGAUUCAGUCUUGACAAAAUGGGGUUAUAGCGUGGAUAUUGCUGCUAAUGGCCAAGAGGCAGCAAAACUUGCCAGUCAAAAGAACUAUGAUAUGUGCUUGAUGGAUCUUGAAAUGCCAGUUAUGAAUGGCAUUACCGCUACCCAAAAUAUCCGCAAGCAAGUAGACUAUUUUCCUAUUGUUCUGUUUAGUGCAAAAUCUAACAUUGAUAUCUACCAAUUAAAGCUGUAUGGUGUUGAUGAUGUAUUGUCUAAACCCUGUGAUUUACCAGUAUUACAGACCGUACUAGAAGAUAUGACACUUAAGAUACAAUUGAUUGAUCAAGAAGCUGAAACCAUAAAGCCAAUACAGAGGAUGCCUAUGAAUGCUGAAGAAUUAAAUGAAUUGCGUAAUCUCAAACAACAGGGUUUAACAAAACUAAAGUUAGUAGGUACAGACCACGCCUUUAUUGUUCAUAAAAACAUUCAGAAUAAAAUCUCACAUGAUCUUAUUGGUGAGGGGAAAGAGCUAUCAGAAUUUAUUGAUCGUUCACCACAAGAGCCAGGCCGCUGUCAUUUAUAUAAAACCAAUUUGCAUGUCACCAAAGAUUUAUUUCUUCCCGAAGAGUUGGCGACAGCCAUCGCUGAAGAAGAUACAAUUGCUAUGAAUUUUACGAAUGCUGCAGAUAAAGGAAGAGCAGAAUAA